AGUGAAGUGCAGUCUAUGCCGGUAGUAAACGAACUUGCACCACACGGCCUGGUCGACUGGAAACCUUCUGUUGGUGGACAUCUGAGCUGUAGCGGAGAUAAGUCAGCGAAACCAAAUGAAAGCUCAGAAGAUACAUCAAAGAAUGAUCUAUCGGAAAGUCGACAUAAAAACUUGUCAAAGGUUUCGGAUGCGUGGAGGCGUACAUUGGCCCAUCGUGACGGUUACGAUCCGAUCAGUAGUAAGCAUCCACGAUACACAACGAGGAAGCUAAAACAGGAAGUGCAGGCCGUUUUAAACGCUGAGAGAUCAUCAGUAAAUGACAGUGGAAAAGUAUAUGGACUAGUACAAGACAUUUUGGAACUCCUGUUUGAGGCCGAGUUGCAUAGGAGCACUAUGUGCACGGCUUGCGAGCGUCUGAAAGAACAGUUUGAACGUGAUGCGAAUUUCAUACGUGACUUACACGCAAAGCAAAACGUCCCUAUCGCUAUCACAAAUACGCUUUUGGACACUCCAUUUCCUUUGACAAAAACAAAUAAUGCUGAUAUUAGCUCAUCGAUUUCGUCCGUGAACCUAGAAGGAAAUGGAACAAAAGUGCUCGAGCCUUGGAUUGGGGCAAACUCUCUUCCGCCUUCUAGUUCGCCUAAUGUGAUCGUUCCACCGCCGUUGCCUCCACAGUCACAACCAUUUUCGUGUGUUCCUCUGAUAGACGUCACAAGACCACCUCCUCCGAUUGCAGAGGCCAAACAGGUUGCUAACCUAACCCCUGUUGCACCACCGCCACCUCCUCCUGCAGCUCCUCCUCCUUCGAUUGGCAUCCCGGCUACAAAUCUUCCACCUAUGGCAGUCGACUGCUCAUUUGCGAUUCCUCCUCCUGCUAGAGCACCUAGUAAUGAAAUGCUUACUCCACCAUCUUGUCCACUUUCUGUGUGGGCACCAACGACAGUUCAUCCGACUGUGCCUGUACAGGAAACGGUUUCGUCUGUCCUCAACGCAACUUUGAGACCGAACACGUCAAAUCAGUACAGUGGACCUUUCGGACCACCAAUUGGUUCAUUCCACAACGGAUCUUCGCAAGCAGUGGACACUUUCGAUGGAUUGCAGGACCGUUAUCCACCCAGUGAUGUAGCGCCGUUUCAAUGCUUUAGCGAUCGAAGGUGGAACUAUAGGCGACCGUACAAUAAGGAACACGUUGGAGGCGACAGACAAAGAUGUUUCAAAAGGCGCCGCUACUCAUCGCAGUCGCACUGUUAACAAUGGGAUUGCUUAUUGUUAUCUAGGUACGAAGAACAGUUCUUCUGUUGUCUAUGUUACGUAUUCUUUUGUUCAUUGAUUUCGAUUACAUUCAUUGAUGCUUCUGAAGUGCUUUGGAAUUUGUUCACUGUUUCCUUUUUAAAUAGUGCAUGUCAAUAUUUCUUCUUGCAAUAGUAAAAUCAGGUAUAUUUUUGUUCAUGUGCUCCAUAUGCAGCCUCUUCUGCAAAUAAUGCUGAUAAGAUGGUCUUAAAAGCGCAUUCAUGUGCGGAUCUCAUGCGAUU